AUGGGCAGUCGGGUGUGCCGCCGCCUUGUCAGUCAGCAGCAGCAGCAGCAGCAGCAGCAGCAGCAGCAGCAGCAGCAGCAGCAGCAGCAGCAGCAGCAGCAGCAGUUGCAGCAACAGCUGAGUUGGCACAGAAAUAAGCAGCCAAAUGUCGUCGAGAACAGAAGCAGCAGCAGUAGCAACAGCAACAGCAGCAGCAACGACAAGCUUGUGUGCGAGCAGCAGCAGCAACAGCAGCAGCAGCAGCAGCAGCAGCAACUGCAACAACAGCAGCAGCAGCAGCAGCAGCAGCAGCAACUGCAACAACAGCAGCAGCAGCAGCAGCAGCAGCAAAUAAGACACCUAUUUUGA